AUGGUUUCUCUUUGGGGCUCUAACAAGGACGACGACGCGAACGGCUCCGAUUCUGGAGCCCCGCGCCGGAGCGACGACGGUCCUCGUAGAAGGUCCUACGAGGAGCGCGAGCCUGACGAGCGCACAAGACUCUUGCACCACCACCACCCUCCUCCGCCGAAUUCCGACGGCUACCUGGAUCCCGAUGACCCUGCCGUCUCGCCCUACAAUCUUUGGAGUGUGCGACUCACGCGCUACUUCACUGUCCUAUUCUUCAUAAUCACCUUCCUGUGGUGGGUGCUGCUGCUGGUCUCCAUCUUCGUCUCGCCGCCCGGCAUGCAUUCGCGCGGCUCUGGAUUCUUCGACUUCUCCUUCACCACCCUAACUGCCGGAAACCUCCUUGUGGCCCUCCUCUUCUUCUCCGCACCCUCGCGUGCCAUGCGCGUAUGCGCCGGUCUGGUUGCGGGCAUACUCGUCAUUGACAUGAUAAUAAUACUAGCCGUUCCUCAGAUACGGCUUGAAGAAGGCUGGGUCGGCAUUGCCUCGGUUGUGUGGGCAGUCGUCAUUGCCGCAUGGUGUGUGAUUGCGGACCGCAUUGUGGCCUGGGGCAAGGCCGAAGAGGAGGAGCGCUUGACUGGCCGCCCUGAGACGCGGAGGACGCUGAGGGAGUGGAUCGCCGUAUUUCUAUCGACCACCAUUUUGGUCAUCUUCGUGGCCAUCACCAUUCUGAUGACGGGGACUCUAGCCAUCCGUUCCCGCGAUGCAACACUGUCAAUGGACGGUGAGAAAUAUCUAGUCGACGGCGACAAGUACGCGGUCCACCUCGCCUGCGUUGGCAACGUCACGUACGCCGAGGGAAGGAAGGAACCUACCGUCAUCCUCGAGGCUGGAGAGCAGCCGUCCGAGUAUGACUUCGAACAUUGGGUCUACAACGCUGUGCAGAACAAGACCAUCAGCCGCUACUGCUACUGGGACAGGCCUGGCUAUGGUUGGUCAGACAACGCACCAUCUCCGCAUUCGGCCGGCAUGUCUGCCGAUGCGCUCUCGGAGGCUCUCGCUCGCGCAGGGGAGGAAGGCCCAUGGAUCCUCGUUUCCGCCGGUAUCGGCAGCAUCACCAGCCGCAUCUUCUCGUCGCGGCAUCUACGGGACGUCGUCGGCAUCAUGAUGAUCGACCCCAUGCACGAGGACCUGCUACACAGGCUGUCCUCACCUGGCCGUGGCUUCUUGCUCUGGGGCUGGGGCGUCAUCUCGCCGCUCGGCAUCGAACGCCUCGGCGGUGCUAUCUUCAACGGGAGAACUCGAGAAGACCGCGUAUACGGAAGAAAUGCAUACCAAGGGGGGAAAUUCAUCAAGGCGCAGCUGCAGGAGAAUCUUGUAGCGGACUCGCUCACCAAGAAUGAGCUCGUCAGCAGCCGUGCGAUUCAGGAGCGCAACACACCCGUGGUAGUUGUCAGCUCAGGCAUUGAGACGAGGAAGAACAGCGAGUGGGAGCGGAAGCAGAGGGAUUUGACGCAUCUGACCGACAACCUUGUCGAUUGGACGGUCGUCAACAAGGCGCCGCAUCAGGUGUGGCAGACGCUGGAGGGCAGGAAGGCUAUGGAGAAGAGCCUGGCGAGGCUGGUAAAGGCGGCCGCGGAAUACGACUUGCCGUGGCGGAGGUACUAG